AUGGAAACAGUAUCCUCCCUGGAGUUGGUGCUCUUCCAGUCACAGCUCACAGAUGUCAGCCCGACCAUCAACCUUAAUUCUAUGAUGGUAUAUUCCUGUCACCUCGGUCUGGAGCCAAAUUUUUUCUCGACAGCUUAUUUACCUCUCCUGGACAUUGAUCAACCCAAUCAACAUAUUGCAAAGCAGAAACAUCGGGAAUCACAAGAUUUGUACCAGGGCAAGCAGAUGAAGGAUGUGAAUGGAGUAGUCUUGACAGAUGAAAAUGACAUCAAGGAGAGAUGGAGAACAUACUUCGAACAGCUGAUGAACGUGGAAAAUGACAGAAUUGACAGAGGAAUAGAAGCGAUACCAGAAGAGGUGAUGGAUGUGAUAAUAGCUGAGGAGGUGGAAAGAGCAUUGAGGAAAAUGAAGAAGGGCAAGGCAACAGGCCCGGACGACAUCCCGGUGGAGGCAUGGAAGGUCUUAGGAAGGACAGGUGUCAUCAUACUGCUGGAAAUCUUCACCACGAUAAUGGAAACUGAGAAAAUGCCUGACGAGUGGAGAGAGAGCACGCUAAUACCUAUCUUUAAGAAUAAAGGAGACAUCCAGGACUGCGGAAAUUACAGAGGAAUCAAGCUGAUGGCACACACGCUGAAAAUGUGGGAGAGAGUUAUAGAGAAGAGAUUAAGAGAGAAGGUGGAGAUAUCAGAGCAGCAAUUCGGCUUUAUGCCAGGCCUGUCCACAACAGAUGCGAUUUUUGCUCAGAGACAGCUGAUGGAGAAAACAGAGGUGUGGAAUUGUCUACGGCUGAAAGAAGUGCAAGAGAAAUACAUCCAGCUCAUUCAGGAUAUGUACGAAGGCAGCAAGGCAAAUGUAAAGUGCAUGGUAGGAACUACGGAAAGUUUCCAGGUUAAAGUUGGACUCCAUCAGGGAUAUGCACCAAGUCCAUUCCUCUUCGCCAUCGUCAUAGACUGUCUCACCGAAGCAGUUCAGAAGGCUGCCCCAUGGGAAGAGCAUUGGUAG